AUGUCGGUGCAGUCAAAAAUGCUGGAAGUGGCCCUCGAUCCGGAUAAACGGAGAAAGUAUUUAUUGGGCGGAAUCGCGACGAUCGUGCUCUCCACGGUCGGGGCAAAGUUUUAUUCAGAGGUAUGCGACAAAAAGUGGAAGGCAAAGAAUGGCGUCAAAUUGGGGCAUGCGCACCAAAAGAAUCCAUACAGGACGAGGAAGGCUUUUGACCCGGAAUUUAUUGCACAGCUCCGCACGUUGCUGAAGAUCAUGGUGCCCGGGCUGUUUACGAAAGAAGCUUUUUGCCUUGGCGUUCACUCGCUAAUUCUCGUGACAAGGACCUUCAUUUCGAUCUAUGUGGCAUCACUGGAAGGGAGACUUGUAAAGGCGAUCGUGGAGCAGCGUGGGUGGCACUUUGCAAUGCUGCUGUGUCGAUGGUUGGGUGUUGCCAUCCCGGCCACUCUAAUCAAUUCCCUGAUUCGUUUCUUCGAAUCUCUUCUUUCUCUUCAAUUCCGAACAAGACUCACCCAGCAUGCAUAUUCACAAUAUUUCUCCGAUGAUACCUACUAUAAGGUGUCAAACCUUGAUGGCCGCCUAGCAAAUGCAGAUCAAUGUUUGACAGAAGAUGUGUCGACAUUUGCCCAAUCGGUCGCGCAUCUAUAUUCACAUCUGACGAAGCCACUCCUCGAUAUUGCACUCAUCACGGGAACUCUAUUGAUGAUGGCCCGCAAGAGAUCAGCCUCGAAGCAUACAUUCCUUCCAAUGAGUCUGGCUGCCGUUGUUAUUGGGGGAACCGCUCAGAUAUUGAAGGCCAUAUCGCCGAGAUUCGGCGCGAUGGUGGCCGAGGAGGCGAAGCGGAAGGGGCAUCUCCGAUUCCUCCAUUCUCGCGUCAUCACCAAUUCCGAAGAAAUUGCCUUUUAUGGAGGGCAUCAAGCCGAAGAAGAACAAUUGAAUGGGGCGUUUAAUAGCCUCAAAAAACAAUCAAUGCUCAUCUACAAAAAGAGGAUUUUGUAUAUUAUGAUGGAGCAAUUCCUGAUGAAAUACGUGUGGUCAGCCACGGGAAUGGUAAUGAUCGCCCUCCCAAUCCUUCAUGCUCAAAAUGCUCGUAAUGACGAAGAUCAAUUAAUCGAUGAAUUGCCAGAUGGAGGAGUGAGUGAAAGGACAAAGGGCUUCUCCACAGCCAAACAUCUUCUCUAUCAAUCGGCCGAUGCCGCCGAGAGACUGAUGAGCUCGUAUAAGGAGAUAACGGAACUGCAAGGGUACACGAGUCGAGUGCACGAAAUGUUCCGUGUAUUUGAAGAGACGAAAAAGAACCGCUUCGAGCGGGUUACGGUAUCGGAGAAUGAUGAAGAAAAUGGAGGAGGAAAGAGAGAACGAUUCGACACCACCAGGAUUCUUGGUGAAAUCUCGGAAACGACGGACGGCUCUAUCAUUCUGGAUCGAGUGCCAAUCGUCACCCCAAAUGGAGAUGUCGUUGUGAGAGAAAUGAGCCUUCAAUUGCCCCGUUCGAUGCAUCUCCUCAUCACUGGGCCCAACGGAUGCGGGAAAUCAUCGCUAUUUCGAGUAUUGGGAGGGCUGUGGCCAUUGUACAGAGGGCACCUCCGACGACCGAAGAAACACGACAUGUACUACAUCCCGCAACGGCCGUAUAUGACGCUGGGAACGCUCAGGGAUCAGGUGAUCUACCCGGAUACGGCAUGGCAAAUGAGAAGGAAGGGAAUUACCGAUGGAGAUCUCGAAGCCAUUCUACAUAUUGUACAUUUGAAUCAUGUUGUCCAGCGGGAAGGAGGGUGGAAUGCUCGAAAUGACUGGAUGGAUGUAUUGUCUGGAGGGGAAAAGCAGAGGAUGGGAUUGGCGAGGAUAUUCUAUCAUAGACCUCAAUGGGCCCUCCUUGAUGAAUGUACAUCAGCCGUUUCAAUCGAUGUCGAGGGUGCCAUCUAUCAAGCGAUAAAAGACCAUGGCAUUUCUCUGCUCACCGUAACCCAUCGGCCCUCGCUCUGGAAAUUCCACACGCACAUCCUGCAAUAUGACGGAACCGGAGAGUAUGUGCUCAACGAAUUGAGUGGUGCGGAAGAGCGUCUAUCGCUUGAAGAGGAAAAGAAGGAUUUGGAGCGAAAGAUCCACUCAAUUCCAACUGUUCAUCAACGACUCGAAGAAGUCAAUCAGCUGUUGACGCCGACGUUUGACGGACACGUGGUCGUGGAUCUGCAACAGGAGACGACAUUC